AUGGAUAUAGUGGUGAAUGCAUCAACCGGCGCGUUGCAGGCCCUUCUCCCCAAGCUGGCCAAAUUGUUGGGCGACCAAUACAAGCUACAAACAUCAAUCAAAGAUGGAAUCCGGUACCUCCAUAAGGAGCUCGGGAGCAUGCAAGUAGCUUUAGAAAAGGUUUCUGAGCUGCCAACGGAGCAACUCGAUCCGCAAGUCAAGAUCUGGGCCAGCAACCUGAGGGAUAUAUCCUAUCACAUCCAGGACACCAUCGAUUCCUACAUUGUGCGUGUUGACCCUGAUAAUGAUUCAGCGUCCUCCACGACGUGCUGCGUUAAAGCCAAGGGCAUACUGCCGCAUACAUGUAUGGCUCGCCUUGACAUCGCCACACAGAUCAAGCGCAUCAGAAAGGAGGUUGAGGAGGUUAGCAACCGUCACGAGAGGUACAAAGUUGACGGCAUGGCACUCCAAGCUCCGUCUGAUCCCCGCUUGCCAGCUCUGUAUCAAGACAAAGAAAAGCUUGUUGGUAUCAACCGUUCGACGGAACAGAUAAUCAAGCUACUGUCCGUGGGAGGUGAAGGCGCAUCAGAGCAGAAGCUCAAGUUGGUCUCCAUCGUUGGCCUCGGUGGAAUGGGCAAAACCACCCUUGCCAAUGUUGUGUAUCAAAAGCUUCAAGGGGAAUUCGAUUGCACAGCUUUUAUUUCGGUUUCUCUUCAGCCUAAUAUGAAGAAUAUCCUUAGCAGCAUACUUCGUCAAGUCACCAGCAAUAUCCAAGAUGAUACGGAGGACAAGGACAGGAAAAAGGAUGAGCAUAAGAGCGCACAUCGUCAAGAAAGCCACAAACACUAUGUAAACACUGAUACGUGGUCUGAGAAGGAGAUCAUCGACAAAAUCAUACGGGUUCUUGAGAAAAGGAGGUACUUGAUCAUCAUUGAUGAUAUGUGGCGUGAAGAACCAUGGAAACUCAUCAAGGGUGUUCUUUUUGAAAACAAACUUGGCAGUAAAGUAAUCACAACAACUCGCAAUAUUGAUAUUGCUAGGUCAUGUUGCUCUUGUGGGGAAUUCGAUGGUAUCGUUCAUGAACUGCAACCUCUUUCUGAUGGUGACUCUCAAAAACUAUUCUAUUACAAAAUAUUCUCUAAGGAUGGAUGCCCUACCGAAUUCGAGGUUGUAUCACGGAAAAUAUUAGACAAGUGCAAUGGCUGGCCGUUAGGUAUCAUUGCCAUAGCUAGCCUCCUUGCAAACAAACCGACACAAACUGAAGAUCAAUGGUGGAGUGUAUACAACUCGAUUAGUACUGGCCUGGAAAAUAAUCCUGGUGUGAAGGACAUGAGGUUGAUAUUAUCACUUAGCUACCGUGAUAUGCCUUCCCAACUAAGAUCUUGUCUUUUGUACCUAAGCAUAUUUCUGGAGAAUCAUAUAAUUGGGAGAGAUGACUUGAUACACCGAUGGAUGGCUGAAGAUUUAGUCCAUGGAUAUGAAUUAGGGGAUGAGUACUUCAACCAGCUUAUUCAAAGGAGUAUGGUCCAACCCAUAGAUGUUGAUGCGUUUGGGAGGGCGCAUGCUUGUCAAAUGCAUAGUUUGGUACUUGAGUUUGUUACUUCCUUGUCAGCUCAAGAAAACUUCGUCACUAUAUGUAAUGGCAAGCAGCCUUCUCCGCCUCUGGAAGACAACAUUCAUCGGCUAUCCCUCCGUAACAUCAAUGGAAAGAAUUGCAUACUCAAGUCUACCAAGAUGUUGCCGCAUGUGAGGACACUUGUUGUCUCCUCCUGUGCUAUUAAUUCAAUGCCAUCCCUCUCCAUAUUUCCCGUUGUACGUGUCUUGGAAUUAGAAGAGUGCUCUACACGUAACAUUAAGAGUCUGGGUAAUUUGGUUCACUUGAGAUAUCUGAGGCUAAGCCAGGAUUAUUACUAUGGUUGGUGCAUUAAGCUUCCAGAAGCAAUAGGAAAUCUGCGGCUUUUGCAGACACUGGAUAUCAAGGAGGCCGUAAUAGAAGAACUACCAUCCACUAUGGUUCAGCUUAGACAAGUGAGGGUGCUAGAGAUUUCAGUCUAUAAUUGGGACAAGAAAUGUGAGAAGCGUUUUCUAUUGUUCUUGUGCAAUCAGAAGGAACUUGAGGUUUUUGUUAUUUUUGCUCCAGAUUCGUCCCUGGAUUUCAUGUUGCUGGCAGAUUUGGUCCCUUCACACCUCCGAAGAUUUGAAGCAAGUUCCCAUGACAAGACUGAACAUAUAUUCAGAGAAGGGUCCGUAUGGGAAAACUUCAGCCCAUUCUCGAAACUGCCGGGGUGGAUAAAUUCAUCAUACUGCAGCCACCUCUCUGACAUAUCCAUCAUGGUGCGGAGACUAGGGCAGGAAGAUCUCGAAAUUCUUGCAGACUUGCACAUACUUCAUUCGUUGGAUCUCGAAGUGGUAGAAACCACUGGGAAAAGGCUGGAGAUCAACGGAUGUGUUGGUACUAAUACGAGUACUGGCCAUGAAUUCCGGUGUCUAGAGAAGCUCAUCUUUGCAAGCCGUGUUGUGAGGCUGGUGUUCAGACCAGGAGCAAUGAAGAAGCUUCAGAAGCUUUAUCUUUGCUUUGAUGUUGCAGAGACAAAAGAUGCUCAAAGUGAUUUCGAUUUGGGCUUGGAGAAUCUCUCAUCCCUGAAGACUGUCAAGGUUGAAAUGGACUGCCGCUGUGCCAGGCUCUCGGAGGUAGAGGAUGCAGAAGCUGCAUUGUGUAAAGCAACAGGACAAAAUCCUCCCAACUGUCCUACUCUUGAUUUGAAGAGGCAUUUCGAAGAUGAAAUGCUUUCAGAUCAAGAGGAACACAUCUCUGAGGAGCUGCCAGCAAAGAAGGAAGAAGAUGCUCUACUUUCCAGGGUUGAGCCGUUUGGUGGAACAGGAGGGAGGGCUCGUGACAUCAAGGUGGCACCCCACCGAUUGGAAAAUGUGAUAAUUCACAGUGGCGACAUUGUAGAUUCUCUCGCCUUUUCAUACACCGAUCAUGGUAGGCAGCAGCGCACUGCGGGUCCGUGGGGUGGACAUGGUGGGGGAGUUUCAAAUAUUAAUCUUGGUCCUAAUGAGUAUCUCAUGAAUGUUUCUGGAACAAUUGGUUCAUUUUAUGGAGUAGCCAGCUGUGUAACAUCGCUUACCUUUGUCACAAAUUUUGCUUGCUAUGGACCUUUUGGAAAAGGUGGAGGAGUUCCAUUCGACGCCCUUCCAGUGCAGAGCAAUAGUAGCAUUGUUGGUUUCUUUGGUCGCGCAGGGGGCUCUCUUGAUGCAAUUGGUUUCUACGUUCGACCCUUGUGACUGCAGCUAGCUUGUUGCAUGCUAUUUUAGUGUAAGUUGCUGGGAGCGCUACAGAAAUAUAUGCAAUACUGCAAUUCUUCAGAAUAUGGUCCUGUGAGCUCUAACAUGAGCUAUACUUUGUUCUUAAAAAAUAAAUAGAUAGGGGCUUCCUGCUGCUUAUCCAAACAAAGAAAGAAAAAAACGUUAAACUUUCUUUUGUGUGCAUACCAAGUCUAUACUUACCUUCAGCUUGACGAUUGAGGAGCUAUGAUUUUUUGUUUGUAAGUGAUUGUUGUUAUCUUAUCUAUGUUCCCUCUAGGUUGUCAGGUAGUACAACUUUAGAGGUUUGACUGUUAACUGUUCUUUUUG